CUCAGGAUUGUACAAGUACUAUCGCCUGUUCUAUCCGACGUCCAUCGGCUAACAGUGAACAGCUCGAAGAUGAAUGAAGACCUCGGAUCCCUCAACUUCAGCGAGAUCGUGAGCGUCGAUAUUCAGCCUAUAGACAAGCACCAUAACGAGGAGGACAAGGAUUCUUCUAGAGAGCAAGGAGAAUCUGGAACAGCGACCGAAGGUACACCAAGUUCCGAAUACAAAGCUACGAAACACGGUUUCAAGAGAUUUGCCGUUAAGGAUCACGCUAUUCAAACAGAGGGGCCUGAUUCAGCGGAGUACAACUCUGCUCCUACGAUCUCUUCGUUAGAGCCUGAUCGGCGAGACGGAAUGCAGACAGCAUCCAAUCCGGGCUUGAAGGCUCACACCUCGGAACCUGAGAACUCGAUUCGAGCGGAGUCAUCCCCAUCUUCCGAUGUCGAUUUGCUAUCACAUAUCAAGAGCUUGGAAGCCGAGUUGAGGACAGCUCAGAUUGUGAAUGCCAAGCUCAACGCAGAUGGAAGAGGACACGCAAAGCAUAUACGGGACAUGGAAAGGGCCGUAUACGGGACUCAGGAAUUGGCUAGAACCUUGAGCAUAGCGGACCAAGCCAACAUAUAUCUGCUUGGACGUUAUCACGCAGUCCUCCAGGAGAACGACUUCCUCAGGUCCGAAAUCGCUAGCUUCGAUUGCCAGAAUAAGGAUUUGUGGGAUGUAGCUUUCGGAGGUACUAGCCAGUCGAUUCUUCCAACCAACUUUGACCGGAGUUUAGGCGACCACAAUUCAGAACAAACGUCCCCUCCAUGCUCAGUUGCGACUGUAGACCACGGCUGUGAGCGUUCGGAAGAUCGCUUGAUGAAUCGCGUCACGUGGUAGAUCCCAACAACGAGACAUCGAGAUUUGAGAUGGAUUGUUUCAUGAGAUGUAUUAUUGUAUAAAGAUUCCAGUAGAUGCCUGAAUCUGGGCCAGAC